AUGUGGCGCCGUGUCUCUCGCACGGCGCAACAAGUCGCCCGUCGCCUGGCGACGGAGGCGGAGGCGCCGGCAAACGAGUUGGAGGUCCCGGCCAACGCUGUGGGGCGCUACAGCCCCGGGGAUCGCGUCAUCAAGCUUUCGGUGAGCGGCACCAAGUUCCUGACGCUGCGGUCCACGGCGGCGCACAGCCCAGUGCUGGAUGCCAUCGUGGAGCAGGCGGAGAACAACCAGGACUUGUACAAUGACGGUGCCAUCUUCAUUGACCGGGAUCCCAAGCACUUCCCAGUGAUCCUGAACCACCUGAGGAGCCGCGCGGAAGGCAAAGAGAUCUUCGCCGAGCGGUGCCGCCUCACCAUGUCCCUGAAGGACUGUCGGAGACGACACACCGUGGUCCUGCCCAAGGACGCCCUGGAGCUUCGGAACCUCUUCGUUGAGGCGGAGCACUUCGGGCUGCCCGAGCUGAGCUCCAGGAUCUUGGCCAAGCAGAAGGUGGCGCAGAUCCUCAGCACGCUCUCGGGCGCGGCAGGGAACCCCUUCGACGUGGCGGCGCGGCUGGUGUCCACGGCGCGGAACCUGGCGCUGGUGGGGGCCACGACGUUGGCGAGCUCCUUGGCGCUGAUGCAGCAGCUCAGGGACAAGAGCCCCUCGGAAGCGAUAGACACGGUGAAGAACUUCGCGCUGGCGAAGCAGUGA